AUGGAUUCAGAGACCUUAUUUAACGUUAAAGGCAAAGUGGUGCUGGUCACCGGCGGCGCCAAAGGCAUCGGUCGCAUGAUCUCCGAGGGAUAUGUGACAAAUGGUGCCACUGUCUAUAUCUCAUCUCGCGAUGCGAAGGCCUGCGAUAAGGCUGUCAACGAGCUCAAUGCGCUUGGCAAAGGCAAAGCGCACGCUAUUCCCGCCGACUUCUACAAGUAUGACGACGUAAAGAAGCUGGCCGAGGAGCUGGGCAAGCGUGAGAGCAAGCUCCACGUCCUGGUCAACAACUCCGGCUCGAACUGGGGUGCCCCUUACGACGAGUAUCCCUCCGAGGCCUUCACCCGCGUCCUCACCCUUAACCUGCACCGCGUCUUCGAUCUGACCCAACUCGUGACCCCGCUUCUGGAGAAGGGUUCCUCUCCGAAUGACCCGGCGCGCAUCAUCAAUAUUGGUAGCAUCGAUGGCCUGCGUGUCCCCUCGCUGGAGACGUUUGCCUACAGUUCCAGCAAGGCCGGUCUGCACCACCUGAGCCGGGUGCUGGCCAACCACCUAGGGAGGCGAAACAUUACUUCCAACACCCUGGCCUGCGGUCCGUUCGAGAGUAAGAUGAUGGCUGCCACCCUCAAAUCCUUCGGCGAGGCCAUCAAGGCUGGAGUUCCCCUGGGCCGAAUUGGCACCCCACAGGAUGUCGCUGGCACUUGCUUGUUCCUGAGCAGCCGGGCGGGCGCCUACAUUAACGGCGCGACCAUCUCGGUCGACGGUGGUAGCUCCAUUGCUGCUAAGAUCUAA